AUAAUAACGUGACACUUUCUUUUUCUAUACUUCUUCCCAUUUAAUGGCCUCAACUUUACCUUAAAGCUUAAUGUCUUGUAUGUUCUGAUGUAGCUUAAGUCAAUUGGUGCGUUGGAUGGGGGUAAAAGCUGAGGAAUUGGGAGUGGAAAUUUAUCCAGGUUUUGCUGCCAGUGAGAUAUUGUACGAUGAAGACAAUAAAGUUGUUGGGAUUGGAACUAAUGAUAUGGGAGUUGCCAAAGAUGGUUCCAAAAAAGAGAAUUUCCAGCGUGGUGUGGCAUUGAAAGGCAUCUCUCUCUCCCCCCCCCCCUCUCUGUGCUCUGUGAAUUUAAGUUGUCUAUAGUGCACUAAGCUGUGAUGUUAACAUGCAGGUCGGAUUACACUUUAGCUGAAGGAUGUCGGGGAUCAUUAUCACAGGUUUUCAGAGAAAAUAUUUCUGCUAAAGUUGCUGUUCUAGGGGUUCAAUUUAGUUAGUUUUACUAGUAAAGAAUGCCAGUGAUGGUCAUUGUCUUAAUUUUCUUGAACAGAAAAUAAUGAAAGAGUACAAGA